AUGUCGGAUGUCCCGCUGCCUAGGGCUCCGGAUCCAAAUGCUGAGCCCGCCGCCUAUCUGCGGAGCAUCUAUGCCGUGCGCGAGAGGAGCAAGCUGGUGCUCGAGAAAGCAAAGAAGAAUCAACUGCGGCACUUCGAUGUCGAUUUGUCCAGUUUCUCGAACACUGCCGCCUAUGUUGUUAGUAUCAUCAAGGUGAGUUGCAAAUGUUACUUCGAGGCGUACGCUCAUCAAAUGCUAACACUGAGACAGCGAGACUUCGAGCCGGACUACGCAAAGAUCCCGCCACAUGGACGGUGGCAGCAUUUUGAAGUCGGCGGGCGGCCUCGGGUUGAUCAGCUUAUGCAAAGCUGGCCCAGCACUGUCGACAGUCAGGAACGGACACGGCGGUUGAUCGACCUUUUCCUGGUUUCAGUCCUUCUUGACGCCGGUGCAGGAACAAAGUGGCAGUACAAGUCCAAAGAAAGUGGCAAGUUCUACAGGCGGAGCGAAGGUCUGGCUGUUGCGAGCUUGGAGAUGUUUAAGAUGGGUCUCUUCUCAAGCCAUGCCGACCAGCCAUUCCAAGUGGAUAGCCAAGGCUUGAAGAAGCUCACCACGGAGAAAAUGGGCAAAGCUCUGCAAGUGUCGGAGGAGAAUCCCAUCGAUGGUCUAGAAGGACGGACUAGUCUGCUCAUUCGGCUGGGCGACGCGCUGUUGAAUCAGGAAAUUUUCGGCCCAGAAGCACGCCCUGGCAACAUGCUCGACUACCUACUCAGCCACCCCACAACGCGUGCAACGUCAGUGCCGAUGAUUCCUCUUCCGACACUGUGGGAUACGCUCAUGAAUGGGCUUUCGACUAUCUGGCCAGCUACUCGCACACAGAUCGAUGGCGUACCUCUUGGAGAUGCCUGGCCUUGCCAGUCAAUGCCUUCGCACCCAACACAUCCAUGGGAGAACAUUGUUCCCUUCCACAAGCUCACGCAAUGGCUCACGUACUCCCUUAUGGUGCCAAUGCAAAAGCUGGCUCACGUUCAUUUCGUUGGAGUGGAACUCAUGACUGGUUUGCCGGAAUACCGAAAUGGCGGUCUCUUGGUCGACACUGGACUUCUGACUCUGAAGCCAGAGGACAGCAAGCGAGGCAUCGAGCACUACCAGAUGAACGCCACCCGUCAAGGGCAGCCCAACGUGGAGGUUGUUCCACUGUUUACAGCCGAUGACGAUGUAAUAGUUGAGUGGCGGGCAGUGACUGUGGGCUUCUUGGAUGAGCUGCUUGUGGAAGUCAACAAGCUGCUUGGCCUGAGUGGCGGUGACAAGCUUAGUCUCGCGCAAAUGCUCGAGGCAGGUACUUGGAAGGUAGGUCUCCAUGCUGUAUCACCGAUAUUAACGCUAACACUUUCCAAGGGCGGCCGGGAACUCGCAGAGGUGUCACGUCCCAAUACUAAAGAACCUCCGAUCAUGAUCUUAUCCGAUGGCACAGUGUUUUAG